ACGCUGCGCGCGCACGGACGAGUUAUUAACCCGUACGCCCUUCGCAGAUAAUCACGCGGACGAGCACUUCGUCCGCUUCCACAAAACGCACAAAAACUCACCUCAACUAGAUCAUGGCGAAGAAAGGUUUAAAGUCCGCGUCAUGAUCAACCGCGUGCCCUCGCACUGCGCCUCGCGUCCGAGGACGGUGCGGUCCGAUGGCCGCCGGCGACCUCGAGACGACGCCCGUGGCCCGCCGCGGACCGCCGACGCCGUCCCGCCGACGCCGUUGGCGCCCCUCCCCAUGCGGGCGCUGCCCGCCACGCGGGCGCUGCCGCUGGAGAGAGUGAGAGUGAGCGGCGCUCUCCGUGCUUUCGACCGCGACGACUCACGCCUCUGUUCCCACGCAGUCAAGCAAGUGUUCGUCCAGGAGUCGCAGCUCCGCAAGAGCACGCGCCCGCGUCCUGCUUCACCACGGUCCCUUCACAUCGACCCGCGGUCGCCGUCGACGCGAUGUAAGCGCGUCUGCUCGACGGCGUGGAGGCCGGCCUACGCCGUCGCCGCGGCUUCGUGCCAGUGGUCGCGUCUGGUCGUCCCGGUGGCCGCGCCUGCUCGAUGGCGUGGAGAGAUACGCGUACGAUAUCUCGACGUCGCCGCGUGGCCGCAUCUAACUUCGAGCUGCCCUCGCAGAGGAAAAAAAGAAGAUCGACAAGGCGCGCGCCAUGAUCGAGUACCACAAGUGCCGCGUCAGCUCGUUCUCCAAUUGGGCAAGCUACUGUGCAGAAAUCAACCAUUCGCGGCCGCAAUUUACCUCGUAUUCGCACAGGGCAAGGCCGCGUCGCCGGAGAAGCUCAAGCACGAGGCCGCGGUCGCCGCGCUGACGGCCCAGAUCCAGCUCAUCGAGCUGGAGGCGUCGCAGCGCGACCCCUUGUUCUAGACCGGCGGCGCCGCGCGCCUCCAGUACGCCUUUUAGGCGGCUGGGCCGCGCGCGGCGCUGCGGUGGGCCCACCGAGUGUUGUUCUGAGGCCGAGCACGUUCGGAGCGUGAGCGGCCGUCCCUUCAUCUGAAGGGGCGGCCGUCCCGCGCUUCGUUCGUCUUGUGCCCGUCUCACUCCGCGUUGUAUUGGAGCAUACGCUCCGCCCGACGACCGGCACGAAGGUCGGCGUCCAGCGCGUUCCCCCCCCGGUCCGCCGCCGGCAAUUGUUUCUUCCCGCGGCCAUAUCGGCGCUGAAGUCUAAUUAAUAUAUGGUCAUAUAUCCUGGCUACUCGUCGGCGGCUCGGGCGCCGUAGCAGCAGCAGCGCCGCGCCGCCGAGGCGGCAGCGCGACAGCGUCUGUGAGUAGUCGCGCUUGGCCCAGGCGCCGCCACAAGUCGCCGACGACGCCGGCGCGAG